CUUGCAGCCCCUUUAUUCAGGCAGCCAGAUGUUACGCCAGGCCUGUGAGGAGGAAGAGGAAAGAAUUCCCCAGCCAUUUGGAUGAUCUUCCUCCCACAAUGCUGAAGAAAGACUAUGCCAAUCUCCCAGUGAUAAACAGUGUUGAUGAUGUGGUGAGGAGGCUGUUGUCCCUGGAGAUGGCCAGCCAGAAGGAAAAGAUGAAAGUAAAGAUACAGCAGCUGGUGGAGAAGGUCAGGAGGUCACCCAGUGACAAUGGCUCCUCUGAGGUGCAAGUUGCUGUACUGACUGCCAAGAUACGCACCUUGGAGGAGCAUCUCCAGAGGCACCCCAAGGAUAAAAACAACCGUCGGCGCAUGCUGAUGGCCACAGACCAGAGGAAGAAGCUCCUUUCCUACCUGCGCCGGGUCCGCUACGACACCUUCGAGAACACCUGCAAACAGCUGGACAUCCAGUACACCCUGCCCCCCCCCUACACCAGGAGGGCCACCAAGCGCUGGCUGGUGAAGAAGGCGUUCUGCCGCAAGGUUUUCGAGGAGGCGCAGAAGCUGAAGGCUGCAGAGAGGCUGAGGCAGAGGCAGGCGAGCGAGGCGGCGCGGCGCGAGGGGACGCCGGUGUAG